AAGCCAAACGGUGACGUUUUCUUUUUGUCUUUUUUCCCAUCAAUUUCCUUUCGGGUUCGACGAAGGCAGGGAAGAGCCAAAAAGCAUCUGUCUCUCUCUGAUUCCAACUCUUAUUGGCUAUCUAUGUCUGAAAAUAUGGAACUAUUCAUUUUCAAGUGGCCCAACCCAGUUUGACCUCUGAACUCUGGCCCUCUAUUGUAAAACAGUGUCAGAGAGAGAUUGAGAUUGGAUUUGAUUUCGGGUCAAAAAUGGACGAGGUGAUUACGGUUGCGGAUGCGACAGCCGGUACCGGAACGACGUCGUCUUCUUCUUCUUCUUCUUCACCGAUCCCGACUAACCUCCCUCUCAUAUCCGCUUUCCUCGCAUGCGCUAUUGCUCAGUUCCUCAAGCUCUUCACCACCUGGUAUAAGGAAAAGAGAUGGGAUUCUAAGAGAAUGCUGGAUUCCGGUGGAAUGCCGUCGUCGCAUUCAGCCACCGUGACGGCUCUUGCGGUGGCUGUUGCUCUUCAAUAUGGGACUUCAGGGCCAGUUUUUGCUAUCGCCGUCGUUUUGGCUUGCGUUGUAAUGUACGACGCCUCGGGGGUUAGACUUCAUGCAGGUCGGCAAGCUGAAUUGCUAAACCAAAUUGUAUGUGAGCUGCCUCAGGAGCAUCCUUUAUCCAAUGUUAGACCCCUACGUGAUUCCCUCGGGCAUACUCCACUUCAGGUCUUUUGCAAUCUGGCUGCAUUUUGUUUCUCUGGUUAAUACUUUACUUUUAAGUGUCUUUGAUGCUGGUUGUUGCUGGUGCUUUGUUGGGAUGCGUGGUAGCAUAUUUAACGACAGGCUCCAAUUAAGAUAUAUAUGGUCAGCAAUAUUUAUUCUUUGACCAUGUUACUAAAGGGCUGUUGAGAAUGUACAGCAAUGGUAUGAAAGGCAGUAGAAGAUGUUGUAAAACGAUGUCCUUGUGUGGUAAGUCUGUCAAGUGGAAGCAUAUUCUCGGUGGCCUUUAUUUAUUUUUUUUAAUUAUUUUUUUUUCUUUUUCCCUGUUGUGAUAUUCUGUUCAAAUUUAGACAUUGUAAAGAAUGCUUUUAAAUACUUCAAAUUGAACAAAGGAUUCAUUAUAGUGAAAUUCUUGAUGGUCACGGUAUGAAUAAGACGCCAGUUUUGUGUGAA